AUGAAUUAUGUGAUGAAAUUCCGUAUUUUACCUUUAUCGAUAUUUUUUCGUCAUUUCUUAAUUAUUAUUCUCGUUUUUCAAUCAUUUGUUAAUGGGAAAAAUGAUGAUCAAACAAAAAAUCUUGGCAGUAGUAAUGGUGAUGGAAGACAUGUAUUUGAUAUAAAUUUUGGAAAAAAUAAAAAGUAUGCUAUCGAUGAUUGUAUUCCCUUGGCAUUUGGAGAUUUCAAUGCGGAUAAAGUUAUCGAUAUAUUUUGUCGGAAUACGAAAGGUAAUACGAUUCGAAUCAUGUUAAAUGAUGAUCGAUCUCCAACAUCAAAAGAGCAAUUCAGCGUAAAUAUAACUGGAGUUAUUUAUGAUGCAUUAGCAGCUGAUUUUAAUGGUGACAGUAAACUUGAUUUAUUUGUACUCUAUCAAACGGAACCUGCUCAAAUCGGAUACAAUGGUGGAAUAUUUUGGGGUGAUAGAAUCAGAUUAAGUCCUUUACAACCACUUGAUUAUCUAUUUAAAAGUAUUCCGACUACUCUCGAUGCAAAUGGUGAUUCCUAUGUAGAAUUAUUAGGCAUGGUUAGCGUUGAUAAAAUUACCUAUAAACCAGCUUGUGUUUAUCUUAAAAAUCAAACAAUAUCUCCUGUCGAUGUUUUACCGAAUAUUGAAAACCUUCAUCCUCGUUCAACACAAGCGUCAGCUGACCUCAACAAUGAUCUUGUCGCUGAUCUAUUUUUAACGGUCGAAACUGGUAAUCAUAUUAAAUAUCGUAUUUAUGAAUUACCAAUAACAAAAUUAACAUUAAUUAGAGAAUACGAUCCACCACCGGGUGUUGCCAUUCAUCAUCUGUCAACAUUUGCUGAUAUAGAUGCGGACGGUGAAUUAGAACAUAUUCUUCCUGUUUGUAUGGAUCAUAAUUGUUCAGACAGUCGAAUUUAUGUACGAGAUGAUAAUAAAUGGUCUCUAUUACCGAUUCAAUUUGGCAGCGGAGUACGAUUUCCUCUAGCGGAUGAACUCCCAGCACCUUUCGAUACAAUCCCAAUUAGCAUUAAAAUAGCUGAUUAUAAUCUCGAUGGUUUUCCGGAUAUGGUUGUAGUGAUGAGUAAAAGUUUAUCGGGAGGGAACGUGCCCAUUGUUCUGCUAAAUCGAGCGUGUGAAGGAAUCGGAAAUGCUACGUGCAGUUACAAUCGAACGUUCAUACCACAAACACAGGAAAAAUUCGUCUUAGCAGCAACCAAUGCUACUGUUGCUGCAUUUUUUGAUAUUUUAGAAAAUGGUUAUCCGGAUUUACUUGUUGUACAAGCUGAUACAAAUAAUACAUUUGAAUUAACUGCUUUUCAAAAUUCUAUUGUACAAGAUGUUCACUUUAUUAAAGUCAUGGUUCUUAGUAGUUUUACAUGUACGACAUGUUCUAGUCAAAAGAGAUUACCAUAUGGCAAUAAUGAACCAGGCCAAUCGAUUAAAAUGGAAACAAUUACAAUUAUGAAUGGAAUUAAAGAUUAUGUGAUUCAGCUAGCAGCUGUUCAAAUGUCUCAUGCUGGUCAAUUAACACUUGAAUUACCGUAUGUUAUAAUUGGUCUUGGUUCGACACCGAAUUUCGUCGAAAAAAUAACUGUCGGAAUUCCACCAAAUAAAGAAUCGAAUAAAUUAUAUCGAACUUAUACACAGAUGAUUCCCAAUUCCCAAAUCGUUGUUAUUCCAAUUCCAUUGAUGAAUCCUGAAAAAUGGCAUAGUAAACUAUUUCUGACACCUAGCCGAAUGAUUCUUCACACAGGGAUUGCAUUAGGGGUCACAUUAGUUGUACUUGCCGGUAUACUUGCCAUAUUACAAUAUCGUGAAAAGGUUGAAGAUGAUCGUGAACGUAAAGUUCAAGCUCAAGCAUUCCAUUACGAUGCUCUAUGA